AAAAUAAAUUGUGAGGCCCUCCAUACCAAAAAAUGGAUUUCCUGUGGCUGUGAGGGGUUGUGGCCGGAAUCCAUUCGAGUGUCUCUCCCUCCCACUCUCAGCGCUUCAUCACACUCCUUCGUCCUCAGUCAGCAGCUUGCCUGCGGCAGCACCCGCAGAGGAUUGUCAGAUUAGGGAUUCAGGUGCACAAGGCUCUCAUGGAGUUUUGAGAGAGGAUAGUUUAAGCAGCUGAAGUCCAUAUUGGAUUACUUCCGCGACUUAAAUCUGCGACCUACACAUUUGAGGGCACCACCCUCCUCCCAUGCACGGAGAAUUUUUUUUAUGGAGAAUUCAAUAAGAACAACCUUCUUUGCAUUAGGUUCUUAUGUUCUCCGUGCAAAGAAUAAGAAUCUCCUACUUCCUAUUAACGUCAAAUACUCAUUAUUAAUUGCAAAAAAAUUGUGUUUAAUUGCAAAGGUUAGGAAUCUUCCACUUCCACCCUUAAGCCAUGCUUUCUGUAUUCACUGAAGCGAUAUUUGAACAAUCUAUGUUUUACCAGUUUUAUAUUUUCUUAUUGAAUGAAAUUGUUUUUCUUUUCUGAUAAAAAGAAGAUAUAUGAAGAGAGAGAGAGAGAGAGAGAGAGAGAGAGAGAGAAAUUACAUGUUAGAUGAGGAAUUGAGGUAGUGUUUGUGAGCAUACAUUUUGGCUUUUGGAUUUGGAUUUGGCUUUGUGUGGUUCAAAUGAAAUUCAAUACAAUUUUGUAAUAUUUUUUAAUCAGUGCAGCUUUUUUUGAAGUAAAUUGCAGAGAUAUGUUCAACUCUUUUGUGGAGUUAGACUCGAGAAGACCAGCCCUUGGCUGAGUAUUUUGAUCUGUAUCGCUCUCUCUUUUGAGUUACGUUGGUUACUUUUUGUAUGACGCAAUGUCUGCCUUGGGGCAUGUGUGGUUCAGAGUUGUCUGAAAAUUUGAAAGGGGCUUUGAGGGAAGAAAAAGGGCAUCCUCGACCCACAAGGCUUCUCGCUUUGUAAGGGUGUCUACCAUGGCAUAAAGUAAACAAUAAGUAGAGCAGAGAAAGUUUGAACAAAGGAGGAGUUAUGGCAGAAACUUCAUUGUCUAUAUGCAAUUCAAGUUUAAUCCAUGGUUCAAGAAAGCCGAUGUCAUGGUGCGCCAGCUUAUUGCCAAGUUUUGAACAUAAGACCCAUGAUCAACCCAUUACUUUGAAAAGAAAACAAAGUUAUCAUGGUUGGAGAAUAAAAUGGUUAUCUCAUAGGUCUUUUGUGUUUGCUGUGACGAAAGGCUCUUCAAAGUCGAGCGACUCUGAAGAAACAAUUCCCCAGUGGGCUAGACCGGAUUCUGAAGCGCCCCCUCCUUGGGCUCAGGAUGAAGACAAGGAGAAACCAUUGCAGCAGAGUUUUGCAAUCCCAUUUUACGUUUAUUUACUUGCCUCAGCAGUGACUGCAAUUGCUGCAAUUGGUUCUAUCUUCGAGUACAUCAACCAGAGGCCUGUUUUUGGGAUUUUAAGCUCGGAUAGCAUUUUUUAUGCGCCAUUGUUGGGGUUUUUUGCAUUUACCGGCAUCCCUACCUCUGCCUUCUUGUGGUUCAAAUCCGUUCAAGCUGCUAACAAGGAAGCAGAGGAGCAGGAUGAAAGGGAUGGUUAUCUUUAAUGCUAACAUGUAGCCGAAGCUGCCGUCUAGAAUUAUUUUGGCAAAGCCUUGUAUUUUCUAUCAAUUGUGAUCAAACGUGGAAAAUACUGAUGUCGAUUUUUUAUUUUGAAAUCCCUCUUUUAGCUUUGUGUUAGGCUAUCACCCGAGUCGGUGAAUCUUGCAUUGAAUAAGUGAUCCAACUGAAGACCCCAAUCCUUAGUA